AUGAUUGCCAUCGAAAAAGCGAAUAAGCUUUCUGCACCAGAGCCGGAACACUGUCCUGGUCCAGAGAGUAACAGUGCCGGUAAAGCGGAUGCAUGUCAAGGAUGUGCUAACAAGGAUAUAUGUUCUUCUCUACCUCAUGGUCCCGAUCCCGAUAUUCCAUUGAUAAACGAAAGAUUAUCUACGGUAAAGCAUAAACUUCUUGUUCUUUCAGGAAAAGGAGGAGUCGGAAAGUCGACGUUUACCUCGAUGUUAUCGUGGGCUUUGGCUGCCGAUGAAGAGCUUGAGAUAGGGGCUAUGGAUUUAGAUAUAUGUGGGCCUUCACUACCCAAAAUGCUUGGAUGUGAAAAGGAAAGCGUACAUGAAUCCAAUUCAGGAUGGUCUCCUGUUUAUGUGGCUGAUAAUCUUGGUAUGAUGUCCAUUCAGUUCAUGCUUCCUGAUCAGGACUCGGCAGUGAUAUGGAGAGGACAGAAGAAGACUGGUUUGAUUAAACAGUUUCUAAAGGAUGUCGACUGGGGUAAUUUGGAUUAUCUCAUCAUAGAUACUCCUCCAGGAACCACUGAUGAGCAUUUGUCAGUUUCCACUUUUUUGAAGGACAGUGGAAUAGAUGGCGCCCUUGUGGUGACCACCCCUCAAGAAGUCGCUCUUUUGGAUGUGCGUAAAGAGGUUGAUUUCUGUCGGAAGGCUGGAAUAAAGGUUCUUGGCUUGGUUGAGAACAUGUCUGGUUUUGUUUGCCCUAAUUGCGGAGGGAAAUCACGAAUUUUUAAGCCAACUACUGGGGGUGGAAAAAAGUUGGCUCAAGAUCUUGGUAUCAAGUUCUUUGGCAGCGUUCCUUUAGAUCCACGUAUAGGCAAAAGCUGCGAUUCUGGUCAAUCUUUCUUGGAUCUAUAUCCGGAUUCGCCCGCUUCGGAGGCGAUUCUAGAUGUCGUCGACUCUUUAAGAGAUGAAAUAGAGGGAGCAGCAGAAUAG